AUGCACGCCCACGGUGAAAGAAACAGCAAUAAGAAUAAUUUGCACAAGAAGGGCGCACUGCCGUAUCACAUAUUCACAAAGAGGUUUCUUGAUGAAAAAGGCCUCAACAGACACCACGUUGGGUCUUUUAAUUACUUUGUGGAAAAAGAAAUAAAAACGGUUUUGCAAACAAACAGUUUCAUAGACUCUGAUGUGGACCCGUCGUUCUAUCUGAAAUACACAGACAUUCGAGUGGAGCCGCCAUCAGUAGAAGAGAACAUGGUAAAAAGGUACGUCACUCCUGAAGAGUGCAGAAUAAGAAACCUAACGUACUCGGGAGACAUAGUGGUGGACGUAGAGUACACCAGGGGAAAGGACGUGGUCUCUUCAAAGAACGUUAUAGUGGGGAAGAUGCCCAUCAUGCUGGGGAGCAGGCUGUCUCUCAGACAAAAAGACUUCCUGGAAAAGGAAAUCGGAGUAAACACGCACAACCUCCAGAGAAUAACCAACCCUAUACACGCGAGGCCUAAAAGCGAGUGUCCGUACGACAUUGGAGGAUACUUCAUAUGCAAAGGCAUGGAGAGGGUUCUUCUCAUGCAGGAGCAGCUGGCAAAGAACAGAAUACUGAUAGAAACAGACUUCAGAGGGGACCUGUGCGCAGUUGUCACCAGUUCAUCGCUUGAGAGAAAAAGUAAGACAAAGGUGGUGCUGAAGAAAAAGCUCCUCUAUCUAGCCCACAACUCCCUCACAGAAGACAUACCGCUAAAUAUAGUCAUGAAGGGCAUGGGGGUUACCACAGACCUAGAGAUUGAAAUAUUAAUAGGACAGCCCACGCCGGCAGUAGCACACAUCCGCACGGCGCUGGAAGCCCUUGCCUGGAUAGGAAGCAGAAUAAAAACAAGACAGGGCGGGAUAGAUGAGGCCAGGCUUCUUCUGUGCGACAUUAUUCUCGCGCACAUCCCAGGGACAGGGACCGACAUGCGCCGAAAGGCAGAGUAUCUCUCGAUCAUGGCGCGCAUGCUCCUGGAUAGCAGCAAUGGAAAGUCAGACGACCUGCAGAACGACAAAGACUUUGUGGGGAACAAAAGAAUAGAGCUUGCAGGGCAGAUGCUUUCCCUUCUCUUUGAAGAUCUUCUGAAGAGACUUAACAGCGAGAUAAAGAAGGCGCUGGACAGAGUGCUAUGCAAGAGAGCAAGGGCACAGGAGCUCGAUGCGCUGCACUUUCUAGUGAUGAACAGAGGAAUGAUGACUACCGGCCUCCUUCGAGCCAUUUCCACUGGGUCGUGGUCUCUUAAGCGUUUUCGUAUGGAGAGGGCAGGCAUCACGCAGGUGCUUACAAGGCUGAGCAGACUGUCGGCAAUUGGCAUGUGCUCCCGGGUUUCCUCGCAGUUUGAGAAAACACGGAAGGUCUCUGGGCCGCGUGCUCUGCACUGCUCGCAGUGGGGCGUGUUUUGUCCUGCAGACACACCAGAAGGCGAGGCGUGUGGGCUUGUCAAGAGUCUGGCAAUGCUCACAGAAAUAACGCCAAACGAGGAAGAAACAGAGGUGAUCACCGCGCUGUCUUUCCUGGGAGUGGAAGACAUUUCUGCAAUUUCAUCAGCAGAGCUCGAGAGGACAAAGUGCUGGGUGAACGGCGUGCCCGUGGGAACGUGCAGAAACCCCAACUGGGCAGCGAGGGAAAUGAGAAGACUGCGAAGACAGGGGGUUAUUCCGAGCACAGUUGGCAUCUGGGUGUCAGACGACCUAUUUAUCUCUACAGAGACAGGGCGGCUCACUCGGCCGCUGAUUAUCGUGGAAGAGGGCAGACCCAUGCUGACACCGCAGGACCUGAGGCUUCUUCACGAGGGGUAUAAGACUGUCAGCGAUCUAUUGCGCGAGGGCCUGAUAGAGUACAUAGACCAGAAUGAAGCCAAAAACUCUCUAAUUGCUCUGUGGGACAGGGAGAUAACAGAAGAAACCACGCAUCUGGAAAUAGACCCCUCGGCAAUACUUGGGCAUGUUGCAGGAGUCAUCCCGUACCCACACCACAACCAGUCGCCAAGAAAUACGUACCAGUGCGCUAUGGGGAAGCAGGGCGUGGGAGUAACAGGCGUGGACCAGAGAAGGCGAAUGGACGGCGCAAACUUCUUCAUGGUGAACCCGCAGAAGCCGCUUGCAGCCACACGCGGCAUGGAGCUGAUCAAGUACAACGAUCUUCCAGCAGGACAGAAUUUAACAGUUGCUGUUAUGAGCAUGUCCGGAUACGACAUAGAAGAUGCGCUGGUUCUGAACAAAGCUUCGAUUGACAGGGGCGUGGGAAGAGCUCUCCUUUUCAAAACACACGCCAUCUCGCUUCGAGCGUAUCCAGGCGGAACAGCAGACACAAUUGUAGGAGACGGCAUUCCAUCGCCAGGAAUGAAGGUAAGCGAGGGAAUGACCUUUAUAGACAGGAGAACUCCGAUGGGCGGAAAGGCUGGGGCUAUCUACAGAGGGCUGGACGGCGCAUCAGUCGAUAAGACAGCUAUUAUGCGAACAGGCGAUGACUUAAUAACGAUAAAAAGUGUGCUGAAAGAGCACAGGAUCCCCAGAAUAGGCGACAAGUUCAGCAGUCGGCACGGGCAGAAGGGCGUAGUUGGCCUGAUUCUUCCGCAGGAGGACAUGCCGUUUAACGAGAUGGGAAUAUCGCCGGACUUGGUCAUGAACCCGCACGGGUUUCCCUCGAGAAUGACGGUGGGAAAGAUUCUGGAGCUGGUCACGGGAAAGUCCAUAUCCCUGGGGUCUAAAAGGCUGGACCAGUUUGCAGCAACAGCGUUUGGAGGCGUUCAGGCAAAGGACAUUGCAGAAGAGCUGGCUGCACUGGGGUACAGUGAGACGGGGAAAGAGACUCUUACAUGCGGAACAUCCGGGGAGCAGAUCCCUGUGCGCAUAUUCUUUGGGCCGGUGUUCUACCAGAGGCUGAAACACAUGGUCACAGACAAAAUGCACGCGCGUGCAAGAGGACCGAGGGCAGUGCUCACCCGGCAGCCCACAGAAGGACGAUGCAGAGACGGAGGGUUUAGGCUUGGAGAAAUGGAGAGAGACUGUCUGAUCGGGUACGGCGCGUCAGAGAUUCUUAUAGAGCGGCUUGUGGUCUCAUCAGAUAAGUUUAUGGCGCACAUAUGCAGCGGGUGCAAACUGAUCAUCAGCCCGGCAGGGUGCACAGGGUGCAAGAAAGCAACAGUGCAGAAGAUACAAAUGCCAUAUGCAUGCAAGCUGCUUUUCCAGGAGCUGAUGGCAAUGAAGAUCGCUCCUCGUGUUAUCUUAAAGGAGUAG